GCAGGCAGUUCAUCCUCUCUAUACCUGGUCAGAACCAAGCUCGAAUUAUCACAAAAGUGCUAGUAUCAUCGACAUGUCUAGCUCUACUACCACCUACCCUGCUCGUACGGGCGAAUCCAGGAAGGAUUUCCUCGCCGUCUUCCCGUUGAUUGUGGACGAGCUCUUGACCUAUAUGAAAAAGGAGGGAAUGCCUCAAGACGCCGUCAAGUGGUACGAGGAUGUCCUGAACCAUAACACCCCAGGUGGAAAGCUCAACCGAGGUCUCUCGGUCGUAGACACCGUCAAGAUCUUGCAGGAUCGCGAGCUCACUGACGACGAGUACUUCAAGGCUGCCUUGUUGGGAUGGUGUAUCGAGCUGCUGCAAGCUUAUUUCCUGGUAGCGGAUGACAUGAUGGACCAAUCGAUCACUCGUCGAGGUCAGCCGUGUUGGUACCGCGUUCCCGGUGUCGGUAACAUCGCCAUCAACGACGCGUUCAUGCUCGAAGGUGCCAUCUACUUCCUCCUCAAGAAACAUUUCCGGGGAGAAAAGUACUACGUCGACCUGCUCGAGCUCUUCCACGACGUCACUUUCCAAACCGAGCUGGGUCAGCUGAUCGAUCUGAUCACCGCCCCAGAGGACAACGUCGAUCUCUCCAAGUUCUCCCUCGAAAAGCACCACCUGAUCGUCGUCUACAAGACCGCCUUCUACUCGUUCUACCUGCCCGUAGCCCUGGCCAUGCGCAUGGUCGGCGUCUCCUCGGACGAAGCCUACGAGCUGGCCCUCUCGAUCUUGUUGCCUCUGGGAGAGUAUUUCCAGGUCCAGGACGAUUAUCUGGAUUGUUAUGCGCCUCCAGAGGUCCUGGGCAAGAUCGGGACGGAUAUCUUGGACAACAAGUGUAGCUGGAACAUUAACGUCGCGCUCAAGCAUGCUACCGAGGAACAACGUAAACAGCUCGAUGAACAUUAUGGUCGUAAAUCCUCGUCUUCGGAAGCCAUCGUCAAAUCCAUCUUUUCUUCCUCCAACAUCGACAUCCCUACCAAGUUUGCCGCGUACGAAAAGGAGAGCUACGAGAGGAUCAUGGGCGAGAUCAACAAGGUGGAUGAGGAGAAGAGCGGGAUGAAACGCGAGGUGUUUGAAGAGUUCUUGAGGAAGGUCUACAAGCGAACCAAGUAGGGGUUGGGCUGAUGGUGCGCGGUGAUCUAGACUUUUGGAAGGUGAAAAGCAUAGAAGCGGUUUUGGUAACUUGGGACCAAGGAUGUAAAUGGGUUCGGGUCGAUAACGCUACAGUACAGAGAUCAUGCAUAUGCCUGUGAUGAACAACGAUGCGCGCAUAUAUCAAGUGCCACCACCAUCAUACCGGCCAACUAAGACUAGCCUAUAUCCGGGGUCGGGGCCCGUUCCUUGCACCUGCAG